UUAAAUUUGCAGAAGAAGGACGAAAACAUUCAAUAAUCACAAAUUUUUCUGUCGUCGCCGAGCUGCAGCUUUCACUGAAUCUGCUUUUAUCUGGUUUUAAGUUUUUUAAAAAGAUUUGAAAUGAUUGUAAAACACCUUGACAACAAGCUCAAAGCUAAUUGGGUUUCGAAAGCCAAUGCCAGACGGAAGGGUCCCAAUAUUCCAAUAGCCAAAGUCAAGAAUCGCCCACCUGGCCGUGGCACGUCUCGUUCCAAUCGCCACCUGUUGCACAGCCAACUGGUCGCCAACUUUCAAACACAAUUGAGCGAGUUCUCAGCUGAAGACGACGGCACCUUGGGGUACGAGGAAGACGAUGUCUUUGAGGACGAAGAAAGCAGCCAGUGGACCCCCACCACCACCGUAGUCGUUCCCAGCAACAGUUCGUUCGUACUCUACCGACGUAUUUUCGGCUUCGAGUCGUUGAGGAAAAUCUGGGACCUACUUUUGCGGUACAUCUGGACGUCUCACAUCGGCCGGAGCAUAGCCCCUCAGCCGGACAAAGUGAUGGAGAUGGAAGACUCGGAUUCGGAAGGCGAAGAUUUGUUCCAGGAUUGCGAGGAAGAUGAAAACGAUGGCAGCAGCCAAACGAUCGACAGCGUUAAUUUCUGCUUUUCGCCACCGGCUCCGAGCUUUGUCGAAGCUCUGAACCGCCCAUUUUCUUCGCUAUUGUUGCGCUACGACGCCAUUUUCACGCCGACUCCGGCCACGCCGCGUACAUUCACGCCGGCCACCAUCCAGUCCAACUCGUCCGCCCAGUCUAGCACUUCCAAUCGAGCCCGACUUGCCGAAUUGUCUUGGGAUAAUUACGAUUUGACCAUGUUACCUCAAAGCCCUUUGGAGGGCGGAGAGAUAUUCGGGAGGUGGUCUGCCCAUCACCGGGGCCAUCGAAUCCCGAUGGCGUCGUGUCUGAAGACUCUCUGGAGCCUGGAUUCGCCAUCGUACGACCAGUUGACCGGUUCGCCCAUCGCCGAAGAUGUCGAGGGAGAAGACGACGAAGGAAUCAAUUCCACCACCCAUUCUCUUCCGGUCGAUUCCGGAGAACAUCGUUUCACCCGGAUCGACUCCCGCGCAUCCGACGAUGGACUGCACAUUUCCAAGGGAAAAUCGCUGGAGCUAGACGAUGAGCGUCAAGAAAUGUCAGACAUCAAAGAUUGUAACCACAACAACCUGUUACGCUGAUUGACGCAAUCGACCUAGUACUACGCCGGAAUCAUUAUGCCAGCAAGUCAGUCUAUUCUCCAAAUUCUCGCUAAAAUUUCGAUUGUCGUAAUUUAUACCGUGUUCCGCUACUACACUUUUAUUUUAGAUCAAAUGUAUUCAAGUAACAAUCUUAUAAAAAAAGUUUUAUUCGCAUUGUAUUACUGUGCUGAAUUGUCGAGUAGAAUAUGGAUGAAAAUAUUUUAUUUCGAUUUUAAAAUUGAUAAUACAUUUUAGGAAACAAUCGA